AGUACACAGGACCGAGAACAGUGGCAUUGAAAUCUUCAGUUAGAAAGAAAUUUAAAGAUGUGGAAAAGAUCAAAAAUUACAGAUCAAACAGCCACAGGGCAGGGUGGUAUCAAAAGGAGAUCGAAGGUUCCUGGGGUUAUGAUUACACAGUAUGUGGAGGAAUUGCCAGAGGGGAAAUCUACUCCUGAUUUCACUCGCAAACCCAUUGCUUUGACCAUUCAAGAAGGUAAAUUAGCCAUCUUUAAAGCCAUUGUAAUUGGAGAACCCAAGCCCACUGUGUCAUGGACAAGAGCAAAAGGAGAGAUGAAUGAUCCAGAAAAGUUCUACAACAAAUAUGACCCUAUAACCAAUGAACAUACUUUAGAGAUGCCCAAUGUUUCUGGUGAAGAAGCUGACACAUACAAAUGCUAUGCUGUAAAUGAGUAUGGAAAGGCAGUCUGCACUGUCAUUCUAAAUGUCAUUGAAGUUGGAUUCAAGAAAAGUAAAGCAUUUCAAAAGACAGAAGAGCGGGAGGAUCCAGCAGAGUUCAGAAAGAAGCUUAGGAGGAGUGAGCGCAAAAAGACUGUUGAAAAAAAGGAUGGAGAAAUUGACGAGGCAGUGUGGGAUCUGUUACUGUCUGCUGACAAGAAAGACUAUGAGCGUAUUUGUCGUGAAUAUGGCAUCACUGAUUUUCGUGGAAUGCUGAAGAAACUGACUGAAAUGAAGAAAGAGAGAGAGAAGGAGCAAGCCACGUUCAUUCAGCACCUCAGUAAUCUCAAACCGAUUGAAGUGAAAUCAGAAGAUUUAGCAACUUUUGAGCUGGACUUGGAACUCAAGGAUUUAAACAGUUGCAUAUUCCUCUAUAAAGAUGGUGUCAUGAUUCCAUACAGCAAAGAUGCCAACAGUGAGAUGAAACACUGCUUGAAGCAAGUUGGAAAAAAAUAUGUGUUCAUGGUGAAAAAUCUUAAUCCUGAGGAUGCUGGGAUUUAUCAAGUGGAUGUUGAGGGAGUCAACAUCUUCUCAACAGAAUUCAAAAUCCCCCGUGUGGAUUUUCUGGUGAAGAUCCAGGAAGUGAAGGCUGAAGAAAGAGAAGAUGCCAUAUUUGAGUGUGUGACUUCUGCACCUAUGAGCCAAAUUGUAUGGACACUGAAAAAUAAUCCAUUAUCCAAUAGUGAUAAAUAUGAGAUAACCGUUUCUGAAGACAAACUGAUUCACCGUCUGAAAGUCAUUGACUGUAUUCCUGUGGAUUCUGGAAUCUACUCUGCUGUGGCUGGCAUAAAGUCAUGUAGUGCCUGGCUUAUUGUAGAGGCUAAUAAAGAUCCUACCAUGAAAAGUAAAAAGACAGCCCGCAAGACUACACAGGCCGGUGGCAGUGGAGUUGACCUGGCUAAAAUUGCUGCUGAUCAGCAAGAAAAAUACAAAAAGGAGAUGAAAGAUAACCUGGAAGCUACUAAAAGAGCUAAGGCUGAGCAAGCUGCCACUGCAGCCAAAGCAGAAGCUGAUGCUGCACUGGCAGCAUCAAGGGCUGCCGCAGCUGCAAAAGCAGCAGCUGCUGCUCAAGCUGCUGAGGCAGCACUUGCAGCAGCUAAAGCUAAAGGCAUGUCACAGAAAGAUGCCAAAGCCCAAGCAGAAGCAGCAGCUGCAGCUGCAGCAGCAAAAGUCCAAGCUGAAGCUGAGGCGAAUGCCAGAAAAUUGGCUGAGGCCAAGGCUAAGGAAACAGGCUUUAGUACAAAGGAUGCUGCGAAGGCAGGAGCAACUGCAGCUGCCAUGCUUGCUAAAAAUAUAGCUGCCACAGAGGGACUGCGUGAAACAGGCAUGGGUGGAACAAUGGGGAAUGCAGAAGCUGAAGAGCUGAUCCUGCAGGGCUUGCAGGAGGAUCUAUUCUUUCAGGAGGUGUUGGUCCUGAAGGAGGUUCUGGUCUUGCAGGAGGUUUUAGUCCUGAAGGAGGUUCUGGUCUUGCAGGAGGUUUUGGUUCUGAAGGAGGUUCUGGUCUUGCAGGAGGUUUUGGUACUAAAGGAGGUUCUGGUCUUGCAGGAGGUUUUAGUCCCGAAGGAGGUUCUGGUCUUGCAGGAGGUUUUGGUCCUGAAGGAGGUUCUGGUCUUGCAGGAAGUUUUGGUGCUAAAGGAGGUUCUGGUCUUUCAGGAGGUGUUGGUGCUGAGGGAGGUUCUGGUCUUGCAGGAGGUGCUGGUUCUCAAGGAGGUUUUGAUCCUGCAGGAGGUUCUGGUCUUGCAGGAGGUUUUGAUCCUGCAGGAGGUUCUGGUCUUGCAGGAAGUGCUGAUCCUUCACGAGGUUCUGGUCUUGCAGGAGGGGCUGAUCCUUCAGGAGGUUCUGGUCUUGCAGGAGGAGCUGGAGUCUAAAAAGCAUGUAAGAACAGAAGCUUUAGUGGCAGACACUGUCAAAGGUCCUGGUGUUCACUUCUCUGCUGGCCUGGAAGAUAGCAGGGCUAUUGUAGGAGAGGCAGCUGAGCUGGUCUGCAAACUCAACAGUGCAGAGUGUAAGGGGCUCUGGUACAGAGAUGGAAAAGAGAUUUCUGAUUCUACUGAGGGAAUGACUAUCAGCAAAGAUGGCGCUGUUCAUAAACUGAAAAUCCACAAAGUGUCGGAGGAGUUUGCUGGAAAAUAUAAAUUUGAGGCUGAUGGUCGUAAAACUGAGGCUAUGAUAAUUGUUGAAGAUCCACCAAGAUUUGCUACAAAAGACCUUGAAGAAUUUGCCAAACCAAGAGUGGUCAAAAAUAAUCAUAAAGCUGAGUUCAAAAUACCAUAUAUUGGCCGUGAGGCCACUAAAAUACAAUGGUACAAAGAAGGCGAGGAACUUACAACAGAUGCAAACUGUAAGACUGAAGCUACUGAAAGCCAUUGCCGUUUGUCUCUCAACAAACUACAGCGUAAAGACACAGGGGAAAUUAAAAUCAAAAUAAAAAAUGAAUUUGGCACUGUUGAAGCAACAACUAAUCUAAUUGUACUUGACAAACCCACUCCACCUCUUGGACCUCUGGAGAUACUUGAAGCUUCUUCAAACUGCAUUGAGGUCAAAUGGCGUCCACCAAAAGAUGACGGGGGCUGUCCAAUCACUCAUUAUAUCCUUGAGCGUAAUCAAGUUGGACGCAACACCUGGAAGAAGAUUGGACAGAUUCCUGGGGAAGCCCAUUACAAAGACACUGAUGUGGAUCAUGGUAGAAGGUAUUGCUACCGCAUCAGAGCUGAAACCUCAGAAGGUAUCAGUGAAGUAAUGGAGACAGAAGAUGUUCAAGCUGGGACUAAAGCUUAUCCUGGCCCACCACCUGCUCUUAAAGUGAUCAGUGCCUUCAAGGACUGUAUCACCUUGUCAUGGACCUCUCCAACCAACACUGGAGGAACCAACAUUCUGGGUUACAACCUUGAAAAACGCAAAAAGGGCAGCAACCUGUGGAGCCUUGUUCAUCCACCAGAGGAACCAAUCACCACCAAGAAAUAUGCUUGUAAAGAUGUUAUUGAGGGCAUGGAGUAUGAGUUUCGAGUUUCUGCGAUCAAUAUAUCUGGGGCUGGUGAACCAAGCGUACCAUCAGAGACUGUAUUUGCUAGAGAUCCUAAAAAACCUCCUGGUAAAGUAAUUGACCUUAAAGUGACAGGUUCCACAUAUAAUACUUUGUCCCUUUCUUGGACAAAACCAAAAGAAGAAAAGGGAGAACAAGAUGAAGCUAAAGGAUAUUUUGUUGAAAUUAGACCUGCAGAGAGCACAGAAUGGAAUCGCUGCAAUAGCCAUGCCAUUAUUAUGUCCUCCUACACUGUAAAGGGAUUGAAGUCGAUGGCCAUGUACUGGGUGAGAGUGAUAGCUGUGAAUGAAGGUGGAGAAGGAGAACCUCAGGAGUUGAAUAAAUACAUUCUAGCUAUGCCUCCUCCUGUGAGACCGAAGUUCACAGAUGCAAAGAUAAAGAACUUCAUGAUAGUCAAAGCUGGAAAUUCAGGAAAAUUUGCAAUUAAUUUUGUGGCUUCUCCAUGGCCUGAGGUCAUUUGGCUUAAGGAUGGCAUUCCUGUCUCCAAACGUGUCACCAUUAGCAAUACUGAAGGAGGAUCUCAAAUCCUGAUUCCAUCAGCUGAGCAUUCUGAUAGUGGAAUCUACACCAUCAUAGUAAAGAAUGUUGUGGGCCAAGAGUCCUUCAAUGUUGAAAUCAGAGUCACAGAUGAGCCUAAGCCUCCAGGGUCUGUUGAACUAGAUAUGAAUGUACCAGGCACAGUGACAGUCACUUGGGCGGCCUCGCCAGAUGAAAAACGAGACGAUCAUCUGCACUACAUGGUGACGAAGAGGGACUCUGUUAAACAAACCUGGCACACAGUGGCUGAUGGCAUCUUCAACAACAGCUUCACAGCCUGCAACAUCAUGCCGGGGAGAGAGUACCAGUUCCGUGUCUAUGCCAAAAAUGACAUGGGACAAUCUGCUCCCUCUGAAUCUCCAAAGUGGCUCAUUACUGAGAAGAAAGAAAAGUACAUGUUAACCCUGCCUGAGUCAAAACCCUGCAACCUGGAGAGGCAUCCUAAGUUCCUAGUCCCCCUGAAACUGCACACAGCUCCACAGGGCUAUGAAUGCUACAUGAGCUGUGCGGUAAGAGGCGAUCCCACCCCGCAUGUCACAUGGUACCAUAACAACGUCAGUCUCAACACAGACUCCAACUACUACAUCACCAACACAUGUGGUGUCUGCUCCAUGCUCAUACUGAGGGUGGGUCCCAAAGACACAGGAGAGUACAAAGUUAUUGCAGAAAAUGCAUUAGGUAGAGCAGAGUGCUCUACCAAGCUGACAGUCAGAGAUGAACCCAAGAAAUCAGGCCCAGUAACAUUGGAGCAGCAGGUCCAGGGUAAAGUGAUCAGCAUGUGGGAUCCAUUACCAGACCAGGAACUGGAUGAUCAGCUACACUACAUUGUAGCAGAACAUGACACCAACACUUGCAUAUAG